CGGCGAAGCCUUGGGUGCCCUUAACCGGAGGGGAAGUCGCAGGAGCGUGGAUAGAGAGCGAGAGCGCAGGAGCUUGUUAGGGGUGCAACAUGGGCGCGUUCGGCGCGAGGUGGUUUCUGCUUGGAAUGGUGAGCUGCACGCUCUUCCUUGAUGUCGAUGGCUUAUAUUCUCCCAGCGACGAUGUUAUAGAGCUCACACCUACAAACUUCCACAAGGAGGUCAUCCACAGCGACAGUUUGUGGCUCGUAGAGUUCUAUGCACCAUGGUGUGGCCACUGCCAAAGACUGACACCUGAAUGGAAGAAAGCUGCAACAGCACUGAAAGGUGUUGUGAAAGUUGGGGCGGUGGAUGCAGAUAAACAUAAUUCCCUAGGUGGUCAGUAUGGUGUCAGAGGAUUCCCCACUAUCAAGAUAUUUGGUGCCAACAAGAACAAACCAGAAGAUUACCAAGGGGGCAGGACAAGCGACGCUAUCGUAGAUGCUGCUUUAAGUGCCCUCCGGUCAAUGGUGAAAGAUCGUCUUAGUGGCAGAGGAGGUGGACAUAGCUACGGAAAACCGAGCAGCCAGGAAAGCGGUGGCUCGGGCAAAAAGGAUGUGAUUGACCUGACGGACGACACCUUUGAUAAGAAUGUCUUGAACAGUGAAGACGUCUGGCUGGUAGAGUUUUAUGCUCCUUGGUGUGGGCAUUGCAAAAAUUUAGAGCCAGAAUGGGCAGCAGCUGCAACAGAAGUGAAGGAGCAGACAAAGGGAAAAGUGAAAUUGGCUGCUGUAGAUGCUACAGUGAACCAGAUGUUAGCAAGCCGAUAUGGGAUCCGUGGGUUCCCGACCAUAAAGGUCUUCCAGAAGGGAGAAGAGCCCGUCGAUUACGAAGGUGGAAGGACAAAAUCGGAUAUUGUUGCUCGUGCUCUAGACCUGUUCUCAGAUAAUGCUCCACCACCUGAACUCCUAGAGAUUAUCAAUGAAGAUGUUCUGAAACAAACUUGCGAUGCUCACCAGUUGUGCAUCAUUUCCGUCUUGCCCCAUAUUCUUGACACAGGAGCCGCAGGUAGAAAUUCCUACCUGGAAGUCAUGCUGAAAUUGGCAGAUAAAUACAAAAAGAAGAUGUGGGGGUGGCUGUGGACGGAAGCUGGAGCUCAGUCUGAUCUUGAAAACUCCGUUGGAAUUGGAGGGUUUGGCUACCCAGCCAUGGCAGCCGUUAACGCUCGGAAGAUGAAAUUUGCGCUGCUGAAAGGAUCGUUCAGCGAGCAAGGAAUUAACGAGUUCCUAAGGGAACUCUCCUUUGGUCGAGGCUCCACGGCACCUGUAGGUGGAGGGGCUUUUCCAAAAGUUAACACAGUAGAGCCAUGGGACGGCAAAGAUGGAGAGCUGCCAGUCGAAGAAGAUAUCGAUCUCAGUGAUGUAGAUCUCGACGACUGGGAUACCCAGAAGGAUGAAUUGUGAGAGCAGGAAGACACUUUGUUUCUUGAGAGACUUUGAGCAGUAGUUUGACGGAACAUCUCUUUGCAUCUCACGGAUACUCCAGUGGCCUUUUUGCCGAGAGAGAGAAGCCCCCUCGGCCAACUACCGUAAGCACUGCUGCAAGUGAACUGUGUGCCUCUCAAGAAAGCCCAUCUUUAAAAUUCUGUGAAUUUUUUUUUUAUGGAGUAAAAUUGAUUGUAUCCUGUGCAACAGAUAUUUGGGAGGGGGAUGCUGAUCUUUCAUUGAAAUACUCCUGUUUUAGCUUUUCUCCAGCUGGUAUGUGGUUGACCGUGACUCAAGACUUUGUUUAACUAGUUCUAAUUCUCUUUCCCCCCCCCCUCAAAAACCUAGUUAUGCCAGUCUUGGUUUCAUUGAAAGAAUAAAACAGAUAUUUUUGACA